AUGGAUUUGACGCGUUUCCUUAGAGCAGAUUUACUGCAUGUGUGUAAGGAAUUCGGAAUACCCAUAAGCAGUACAGCGAGGAAGGCGCAAGUCGUAGAGGCUAUUCAAGAGGCAGGACUUGAGGACGAUGAUAUUAACGAAACCCUCAAAGCUCUAGAUAAGAGACAACAGGAUGAGAAAGAAAAAGAGAAACAAAACAGGGAAUCUCAAGCACUCGAACUCGAGAAGAUGAAAUUGGAACAGAUGAGGGAGACGCGCGCGUUCGAGCUAGAGAAGUUGAAGCUAGAACUCGAGCUUCGUAAGGAGGCUACGAACCCAUCUGAGAGCCGUCAGUCAGUUUCUAGGGCAGAGAAUGUGGACAUGUCAAGGCUUUUGCAACCCUUCAAAAUUGGUCAGGACAUGGGACUCUUCCUUGUAAAUUUUGAAAGGGCGUGCGAAAGAGAGAGGUACUCUAAAGAAACUUGGCCGGCUAGGCUAAUGACAGUCAUCCCGUGUGAAGCCGCAGACAGUGUAGCACGCCUUUCGGCAGAGGACGCGAAACAGUACGACAAAGUAAAGCAAAGUUUGCUGAAGCGUUUCCGUCUCUCUGCCGAGGCGUUCAGGUGUAGAUUCCGCGAUGGAACGGGAAGAAAUGUGAGCAGCUUUGCAGAGCGUGCAUUCGACAUCAAAGCAAACCUGCGAGAAUGGUUGAAGAGUGCUGAAGCUUUCGGGAACGCGGAUAAAAUUGUUGAGGUGUUUGCGUUAGAACAGUUUUUCCAAGAGAUACCCGAAACCGUCAAAAACUGGGUGCGCGAUAAGUCGGGAGUCGUGACAAUAGAGUCAGCCGCCGAUCUCGCUGAUGAGUACGCUUCGUUGAGAGGGAUUGACGCAAAAGGGGCCACGGCACCCACGCGACCAAGUAAACCGGUUCUCGUAAAUGGACGAAAGCGGGAGCAAAGGGAGAGCGCCAACCAGGAAACCCCAAAAAAUAGCCAGGCAAAAGGGGACCAGAAGGGAAAGGAAGGACAGAACGACAGACAAAAAGUGAAAGCGUUUGAGAAAAAACAACCGAUUGUCUGUCACCGCUGCAAGGAAGAAGGGCACAUUGCCGUGGGCUGUAGAAUUCCCCGUGUCGCUAUGGCAUACGAGAGUGAAAGCGAUAGCGAAGAUCUAAUGAAGCCUUACUUGUACGAGCUAAAAGUAAACGGGCGACCGUGUACGGUGUUGAGAGAUAGUGGGGCUAGUUUGGACCUAGUCCAUCCAUCAUUUGUAUCGUCGGAAAACUACCUGAGUAAAUGUGUGUGGAUCCGACAAGUGAUGGAAGAACAGACAGUGUGUUUACCCGUAGCUGAGGUAAUGCUAGAGGUUCCUUUCGGAGAACUGCGAACCGAAGCUGCCGUAAGCGACAAGUUACCUAAAAAGUACUUGUAUCUACUUUCAAAUCGAACGGCUCACCUAAUGCGCAAAGCGGGCAUGAAUCUAGAACCAGAGACGAUCUGCGCAUUGACAAGGGCGAAGGCGCGAGAGCUUAGGGAAUUGAAAGCUGCGGAAGAGGCUGAGGAGCAGAAGGGUAUGAAUGACCAAGGAGAUAGGGACCAUCAUGUAAAGACGCCGACAGUCAGAGAUCAUCAGAGCGCAGACGAUCAGGAAGACAUAGGUUCUAGCAGAGGCGAAUUUUUGGCACCAACGAGUGAAGCUUUAACUAACCUGAUCCACGUAGACAGAGAUACCCUUAUCAAACUCCAGGGUGACGACGCGUCUCUAGCGAUACUAAGCCGUAAUGAUCAGGUGGGGGUUGCGAAGAAGAAUGUCAGGAUCUUUAAGAAAAACGAUGUUUUGUACCGGCACUAUGAGGAUCGAAAAGGACGAGUGGUAGACCAGCUGAUCGUACCAAAGAGCUUGCGCAAUGAUGUUUUACGGCUUUGUCACGACAACUCUUGGGCGGGACACUUAGGCUCGCGUAAAACAAAACAACGGCUACUUCAAGAAUGGUACUGGCCUGGGUGUUUUAGAGACGUAGAGAACUAUGUUAGGGCAUGCGACACAUGUCAAAGGGUGGGGAAACCCAACGAGCGAUGCAAGGCGCCUCUAACUCUCGUUCCGAUCAUCAGCGAGCCGUUUCAGAGAUUGGUCAUAGACGUAGUCGGGCCACUUCCCACGUCGAAAUCCGGUAGCAGGUAUGUGCUCACCAUGAUCUGUCCGGCUACCAAAUUCCCCGAAGCGGUACCACUCAAAGAGCAAUCUUCGACGGAAAUCGUAGACGGUCUUUUGUCUGUAUUCUCCCGGGUAGGGUUCCCAAAGGAGAUCCAGUGCGACAAUGGAUCCGUUUUUACGAGCGCACUGACCACGACAUUUCUAGAGAAAUGUGGAAUCCGGGUAAUUCAUAGCUCCCUACACCAUCCACAAAGUAACUCAGUGGAGAAAUGGCACUCUGUGCUGAAGCGCGUACUGAGGGCUUUGACCUACGAAUGCAAGACAGACUGGGAGGCGGGUCUUCCGGGGGCAAUGUUUGCACUGAGAUCCGUGCCUCAUGAAGCCACUGGGUUCAGCCCAGCCGAACUAGUGUAUGGGCGUGCGCUUCGCUCCCCUAUGCGCCUCAUAAGGGAAAAGUGGGAAGACGAGCAGAGCGACACAACGGUUAUAGAGUACGUUCUGAGCCUACUCGAAAGACUUCGGAAUUCGCGUGAAAUAGCGGAGAGUAACAUGCGAGAAGCGCAACAGCGGGCGAAAACCUACUACGAUCGCAACGCGCGCCCUAGGGUUUAUAAGGAAGGUGACAAGGUGUUGGUGUUACGGCCUACGAGGGCCAACAAGCUAGAGGUACAUUGGGACGGUCCGUUUAAAGUAAUUAGGAAACUUUCGGACACUACUUACAUGAUCGAGUUCAAGGGAAGGAAAAAGGAAGUACGGACUUACCACACGAACCUAAUGAAACCCUAUUUGAGUUCGACACACGUGGUAAGCGUAGCUUUAAACGUUCCCGAAGAGCAGCCCUCGGACCUAGUAGAAUGGGGUGACGUUAAGGAAAGUAGUGCCAACAUAGACGAGAUCGUGCAGACGGUACUAAGUAACGCUAAGCUUUCCGAGCAGGAGAAGGAGGACGUCAAGCAACUGGUACAGGAUUUUAAAGAUCUCUUCUCAGAUUACCCAGGCAGAACUGCCCUUGCAACUCAUGACAUAGAGUUGACCAGUGAAUCCCCUGUACGUUCACGCCCUUACCGCAUUUCCCCGCGUCAGGAGGAAAUAAUGAGAAAAGAGAUCAAACGCAUGCUUGAUUUGGGAGUAAUUGAAGAAGGGGAAAGCGAGUAUGCGUCACCUAUGAUCAUUGUUGAAGUGGCGGGCAAAGAGCCUAGGCCCUGUAUCGAUUAUAGGAAGUUGAACGCUGUAACAAAGACGCAAGCGUACCCGAUACCGAAUGUAGAGGAGAGAGUGGAAAGGGUCAGUCGGGCUAGGUUUAUCACCACGCUAGACUUAGUCAGAGGCUAUUGGCAAGUGCCAAUGAGCGAGCGAGCGCAACAAUUUGCCGCCUUUACGACACCCUUCGGUUCAUACAGGCCGUUAAUGCUCAGCUUUGGCCUUAAGAACGCACCUUUUUGUUUUUCAAAACUUAUGAGUCAAGUACUGCGAGGGGCGGAAGGAUAUGCCGUACCCUAUUUAGACGAUAUCGCAUUCUUUUCGGACUCGUGGCAAGACCACCUAGAGCAUCUUCGCGAUGUUUUCAACCGUCUACAGACUGCUGGUCUAACACUGAAAGCGAGUAAAUGCCACCUGGCUCAAGCAGAAGUGUUGUACCUAGGACAUCGCGUUGGCCAGGGAAAGCGGACGCCAGCCGAAAUGAAAAUAGCAGCGAUAGCAGACUUUCCCAGACCGCAGAGCAAAUCAGAGGUCAGGGCCUUCCUGGGUCUGACUGGUUACUACAGGAGCUAUAUUCGGCAAUACUCCGAGAUAGCAAGUCCCCUGACUGAUUCGCUUCGCAAACAAGCACCGAAUAAAGUAAACUGGAAUGACGAGAAGGAGAGCGCAUUUCAAAGACUGAAAGCCGCUCUGACCAAGCCUCCGGUCCUUAGAUCUCCAGAUUUUACCAAGCCAUUUAUAGUACAAUGUGAUGCAAGUAAUCGUGGAAUGGGAGUUAUUCUCAGUCAAAAGGACAACGACGAUCAGGAGCACCCAAUACUGUAUGCAAGCAGGAAGCUCUCUAUCAGAGAAGAGGCUUACAGUGCAACAGAAAAGGAGUGUGCGUGUCUAGUUUGGGCCACUCAGAAGCUUUCGUGCUACCUGUACGGGGCCGAGUUUGUUUUCGAGACAGACCACUGCCCACUAACGUGGUUGAACCAAAUGUCGAGCAAGAACUCACGGCUACUCAGGUGGAGCCUUGCUUUACAACAGUACAAUUUCAAUGUUCGGUAUAAGAAAGGAAAAACCCAUGUUAACGCUGACUGCUUAAGCAGGGCCUAA